GGGGCUGGGGUGUGGAGCAGGUAGGGCGCAGGGCACGGAACGCGGGGGCUUGGAAGGACAGCGCACAGGGGCUCAAGCCCGCGGAAGACAGCUCUCGGGGCCCUAGGGGUCUCCAGCCUGGCGCGCGCCUUGGCGUGAGCCGGUAGCCGAAAGGUCAGCAACAUCUCCCGGUUGCCUGCAGACGCCGGUGCACAGAGGUGUUCAGGGUGCAAGUCGAGAAGCACCCCGAAGCUGGCUGCAUUCGGGGCGACAUCUCUGGCAUGCGGAAAACUGGUGGUUUCCUUGUCCGCUCCCGCGAAGUCACCAGGAGCGACCUGGACUCCCGGAAGAAAAGCCUUGAACUUGAGGAACAGAGAUGCCAUUGAGAGCUGUUGCUGCCGGCAUGAGGCAAGAUCGGCUCUGGGGUUGCUCAGUGUUCUUCUUGAAGGAGGAGUGACUGGCUGCCACCCGCACCUGGAACCCAGCACCCAGGAGGUGAACCCAGACAGACCCGAGGAGGAGCCUGUGUCCUGUGUCCUUGGGAGGCUGCUCACUGGGUCGAGAUGACCACAGCCACCACUUUGGGGGACGCCGUCUUCUCGCUGAACAUGACCAGGGGAGAGGACGCCCUGUAUAAGAGUUCUGGAGCCAUCGUGGCUGCCAUCGUGGUGGUUGUCAUCAUCAUUGUCACCUUAGUGCUGAUCCUGCUGAAGAUGUACAACAGGAGAAUGAGGACCAGGCGGGAGCUGGAACCCAAGAGCCCAAAGCCACCUGUCCCUCCUGCCCUGGACCCCAACAGCAAUGGCAGCCAGCAGCCUGCUACUGUGACCUUCGAUCCUGCCAAUGUCCAUGUGGAGACUCGGUGACCCUGCCUUAGCACCAUCCCUGCCUCUGCAAAGAGCUUUGAUGACCUGAGAAUCCACUCUGCUGGCAGCUUCACCGAGUUCUUUCUGGUUGGGUAAACUGAGGCACCUUUCAUACAGCCCCUGCAGCUUGAAGCCACCCUCACCUGUGCUCUGGCCACCCCAGCUAUGUCCACGUCCCUGCUGCCACUCGACCAAAGCUCUGAGGACAUUCUAUUGUUACCUGACGAGAAGCACUGUGCUGGGGAAACUGGUGUGAGUCUGGUUGUCACCUCACAAGCGUGACAGCUAGACACUUGAUAGACAGACAGACAGACAUCUGAGUCUUCUGCUCAGGGUCAGGGAGUGUUAAUGGGAAUGUUCCCCAGGGAGCCACUGGGAGCAUCUCAGCUUAAGGGCGUGUCCACAGCUUCCUCAAUCCCACAGCCAGAUGCAGGGAAACUAACUUGGGCUAACUAACCACAAAACCAACUUGGUAACAAUGUCUAACUGGUCCAGUAUUAGAUAGCCACUAGCUAGCUCCUGAUGGCCGGUUCUCCCCCUUUAACAAAGGGUACAGAGGCUGGACAUGGUGGCACGUGCCUGUCAUCGCAGUGCUCAGUAAAAGCAGGAACACUGUAAUUGCAGGACCAGCUUUGACCACAUACAGAGAUGCUUCUCUUU